GCUCACAUGGUCUCCUCUGCAACUCUCUCUCUCUCUCUCUCUCUCUAGGUCCCCCAUACUCCAUUCAUUGAAUCAUAUUAAAUGCAAAAAAAAAAAAACACACACACCCCCAUGAAUUUUUAUAACUUUCUGUCUCUCUUUAUAUAGCCCAAUUGCUCUCUCUGCUCUUUCUCUAUAAACCAAAACACACACAGACCAUUUUAUUAGCUCUCUUUGAACACAAGCACCAGUUUUUACCGUAUCAAUUCAUUUUCAAUUAUGUCAAUUUCUAUCACUGCCAUUCUUUUCCUCUUGUUUGCUUCGUUGUCGUCUGCAACAGACACUUUGAUCAUUCAACAUCAUGAUAACAUAAUAGAGAAUUCUUCGGGUAGGAGUGAAGGGGAGGUGAUGGCGAUGUAUGAAUGGUGGUUGGCUAAGCAUGGGAAGGUGUACAACGGGUUGGGAGAGCACGACAAGAGGUUCGAGAUUUUUAAGGAUAAUUUGAGGUUCAUUGACGAGCAUAACUCGGAGAACCGGACGUACAAGGUGGGUUUAAACCGGUUUGCUGAUCUGACCAAUGAAGAGUACCGGUCCAUUUAUUUGGGCACGAAGACUGACGCUAAGCGCCGGUUCUUGAAGUCCAAGAGCGCCAGCCGGCGUUACGCGGUUCGGGUUGGUGACCGGUUGCCGGAGUCCGUUGAUUGGCGGGAGAAAGGUGCCGUUGCUCCCGUCAAAGAUCAAGGAAAUUGUGGGAGUUGCUGGGCCUUCUCGACGGUGGCCGCCGUGGAAGGCGUAAACCAGAUCGCCACCGGCGAUCUCAUCACUCUCUCCGAGCAAGAACUGGUCGACUGCGACAGAUCAUACAACGCCGGUUGCAAUGGAGGCCUCAUGGACUACGCCUUCGAGUUCAUCAUCUCCAAUGGCGGAAUGGACUCCGAAGAUCACUACCCUUACCAAGGCAUCGACACCAAGUGCGACCCAAUUCGGAAGAAUGCUAGGGUUGUGAGCAUAGAUGGCUACGAAGAUGUUCCACCCUUUGAUGAGAAUGCUUUGAAGAAGGCCGUGGCACAUCAACCUGUCAGCGUUGCAAUUGAAGCCACUGGCAGGGCUCUACAACUCUACCUCUCGGGCGUGUUCACUGGUGAAUGUGGGACAGCAUUAGACCACGGUGUUGCUGUGGUUGGGUAUGGAACAGAAAACGGUGUGGAUUACUGGAUUGUGAGGAACUCGUGGGGCAACAGCUGGGGUGAGAAUGGAUACAUAAGGAUGGAACGUAAUGCAGUCGAUGCAUUCGCUGGCAAGUGUGGAAUUGCAAUGCAGGCUUCUUACCCCAUCAAAAAUUCGAAAAACCCUGUUCAACCUUAUUGGGUGUACGGAAGCGCUGGAAAAAGGAUAAGCAGUGCUUGAAAUUUCUAUUUGACAGUUCCGGACAAAGUAAAAGAAGAGGCGAUAAGGUGCAAACAACAAUACGUAUGUUUGACGAUGCCAUCUUAGUUAAUUAUAAUAUAUGCCCUCUUUCACUUGUUUUAUUUGGAUUAUCAGUUGUAAAUAUAUUUUUCAUUCGCCUAAAUUGUUCCUGAAAACAAUUUGAUAUUGUUGGGAAGCACUUUCACUUCUGCCAAUCUAAUCUUCAGUUAGCAUCUACUUCUAUCA